CUCAUUCCGGUAUUGACUGGUACUUGCUGACCAUGAGGUGCAGAAACAAUGUCACAAGUCCCCAAAUUUGGCAGCUUCCGGCCAAAGGGUACUAAAACUGGCGACGACCAGCAGCAUAGAGCCCCAGAGCAGGCAGAGUCCGGCUCUGAGGGCCAUCAGCCACACGACGAACUUUCUGCGCGCAAAACGUCUAAUUCACGAUCGUUAGCAAAGCACAGUGACCGCCUUUCGAAAUCAAAUCAUAGCUAUCAUCAUCGCCACAGAGAGAGACCGCAGUCUGCGUCUUCAUCAAGCCACCUUUUAGUAUCUCAGAGUCUGAAUGUCGAUUCGGGAGAAGUUUUUACCGACAAGCAUUUCAUCGUUGACACCCGUGGAGAUGCGAAGAACGCCGAGUACGGCAGUCUCCACCGCUAUAGUGUCCCUACAUACCAUCGCAUUGGCUACGGCCGACUGGUAGGUGCGCCGCCUGCUGCCAAGCUUGACCGUGAGCAGAGUAGUACGACACAAGCAGUCUUGACGAUUGAUCGUCAAAAUCAGACGGACCGUCCUUUGAGGUCUCGGAGCUUGACAUUCCCGCGAGAACGCCGUAUCCACGUUGUUGCACGAGAUGGUUCUGAUACCGAUAUCGAGCUUCAAGCCGACUACAUCACGCUGUCGCAAGCGCUUCUCAAGAGAAAGCGAGGCUCAGAGUCACCAGAUGCAAGUGUCGAAGCGGUCAGUUACCGCUCAAUCUAUGGUAAGGCUACUACUCGGAGCGAAGUAUCCGACAACCAUGAUCUGAGCGACCUCUCGGAGCUUGAAGGCGAGAGUCGCACUACUCAGGCAGAGUCGCAAGCACGCGAAGAGCAUACGGCUUUGCUCAGGCGCACGAAGGACAACCCAGCUGAUGCCAAUACUUGGUUUGCAUUGAUCGACCAUCAGGUCUCCGUAGUAAAGCCUGGUCGUGUUGACGAACCACUGACAGCCGGUGAGCGUCGUACUCUUGCCGAGAUCCGCUUGACGAUACACGAACAAGCUCUUAAGCACUGCAAGGACUUGUCCGAACGUGAGAAGCUAUUGCUAGGCAUGCUUGAGCACGGUCGCAUAGUCUGGGAUGCCGCUAAGCUGGAAACGAAGUGGAACGAAGCAUUCCGACAGUGCCCAACAAGCGUCCAGCUAUGGUUGAGGUAUCUCGAUCAUGUGCAAACCGCGCAAACAAACUUCCGCUUCGACACUGUCAAAGCUGCAUACAUUCGCUGUCUUGACAGCUUGCGCGACGUCAAACCGAUAGCCGCAAUAGACGCAGAUGAUAAACCCGGCGUCGCCAGGUUUCACGUUCUGCUUCGACUUACUUGCUUCCUCCGCGAUGCUGGUCACGAUGAGCAGGCCUUCGCGCUGUGGCAGGCGAUACUGGAGUACCACUUCUUCAAACCGCCUGACGUGCGGGACAGAGAGAUAGAAUUAGGACUGCUCGAGGCGUUCUGGGAGGCGGAUGUUCCCCGCAUAGGAGAAGAAGGUGCGCGUGGAUGGAAAGAGUACGCCAUGACCCGGUACAAGACCGCUCGCAAGCCUUCCAGCGGCGUUGAAUGUUCUCCACCCAGCAGUGACCCGCUUCGAGGCUUCAUUGACGCCGAGACCGCAAGCCUCAGCAAGGUGCACCUGCCUGCUGCCACGAAUGAAGACGAUAGCACAGAUGAUCCGUUCAAGUAUGUGAUGUUCUCUGACCUGGAGCCUGUAUUGCGGCCCGGACUGCAUGAUUUGCCGUCGCCAGCCGUCGUAGAUGCUUUUCUGGCCUUCAUGCAGCUUCCACCUAUAGCGUAUACGAAGGAGCACGCUUGGCACAUCGACCAGUUCGUACGAACGAGCGCCAACACUAACAAGUCAUCGGUAAUCAACGAGUUGUUCACGUCAUACUCGUUGUUCGAACGCGCAUUCGAGGACUGCCCUUCGCUUGUUGAUCCAGAGAAAGUCCAGUUUGUGGAGAGGGUCUUGGAGGCGUUAAUCGUGGCACAGCCGGAGAACGACACUCUUACAGAAUAUUAUAUUGCUUACAAACUCCACGCCCAACCCAAGGAAGCAGUCAAGUUGUGCAAAAGGCUACUGAAACAGAGACCUUCCAGUCUGCGUUUAUAUAAUGCUUACGCACUGGUCGAGGUGAAGCUCGGCUGCAUGGAGAAGGCAGCACGAGUAUGGUCUGCAGCACUUAAGAUGAGCAUCAGUCUAGGCGUCGACGGCAAAGAUGAAGCCGUUCGAUUGUGGCACUGUUGGGUUAUGAGUCGAAAGCACCAGCUUACGGACGAGAAAGGAGCGUUGCAAUGCUUGCUUGCGGUGUGCGAAGAUUUACCGGGCGACGUCGCCAUCGAACCCGACAAUGGAAUGGACAUGGAGAUUCCCGCCGCUCAGAAGCUGAGAGCUAGGCAGCACUUCGAAGCUGCAUGGGAACGUCUCGCGCACAAACGCAAGCUCGAACUCGCUGUUCUUACCGCCGAAUGCCAUAUUUGCUACACUUACCUCAUAGGCGGUCACUCGAUUGAAGCGGCCGUGAACUUGACAGGGAAAUACAGCGACCGCUUGAGUAGAGCGAAUGCACCGCAAACCGCACACGCACUCCUACUCCAAGCACAAGCACGCCUAAUCCAACACCACAUCAAGCGACACCGACCCUACCGCCCCGCACUCCUGCGUUCGGUGCUCGAGGAGAGCGUCCGCUCGUUCCCACAUGAUAGCCUACUACUCUACGGCUAUAUCCGCAACGAAGCGCACUUCCGCCUCCAGGACCGCAUCCGCCUUUCACUUCGCGAAGAUCUGCUGACCGGUCGUGAUGCGAGUAUAGUCGGCUGCUCUAUUGCGAUCAAUGAAGAAGUGCGACGGUUCCGUGAGCAGACGGUGGGUGCGACGCAGAAUGCUGUGCGUGCUCUCUUCACGCGCGCGCUGGUGUCUCCGGAUAGCGGAGUCAAGCAUUCAAUCGUGUUGUGGACGGCGUGGUUCGAGUUUGAGCUUUCAUUGUGUGAGGAGUCUACGGGGGGUAAUGGGCAAGAACAGGCAUUGAGGAGAGCCAAGCAAGUGUUUCUGGAUGGGGUACGCUGUUUGCCGUGGUACAAGGGGUGGAUUGUGAGGGGGAUGCGGGCUUUUGCGGUGAAGGGCUGGAUGACUGAUGAUGAGUUACGGCAAUUGUAUGAUGUGUUGAUGGAGAGGGAGCUGCGGGUAAGGACGUCGACUGAGAUGCUUGAUGAGAUAUGACCAUCGCUAGCGUCUGUUCGUUCAGACCACCUAUCGUGGCAUACGACGAAAUGCUGUGAUCUCUAUGCUUACGCUGGGCUAUGGCUUCAUGGACAAGCAACCAACGAUCAACACUGAUGUACGACGACGUCACCGUGCAUUCGCUCGCGCGUCUGGGGCGCGUGCUUGAAAGCUGGUGACGCCACACUGUCGCAAACCAGCCACAGCUUUAUUCGCAGGCGUUUGCACCAAGAC